ACGAUGGACUUCCGAAGCGGGAAGUCCGUCAAGACAACCAUUCAAGUCAUCACCCCGAGUUGGCGGCGGGAUUCAAACGCAGGGGCCGUCGCGGACCGUGUUUGGCUACGGAAGGGGUUUCAGGUCGCAUCGCCGGCGUUUCGUCUCUCCGUGCCAAGAGUUCUACGCUGGUCGCCAGCACAACCCCCCAAACCGGGGCCGCCACCGCCGCUGAGAUGCCGGCCGAUAAUCUGUGGCUGACGGUCGGAUCCACGGUGGCCAGCGGGGGCGUCAUCGCCUGUCUCCUCGUCGGUGCCUACAAACGCGAGCAUAGACUCUCAGUCGACCGACGCAAGGACUCCAUUGACUAUCUCAUGUCUGACGGAGACCUGAGCGAGGAUGAGAAGUAG